GCCAGCUGGGAUUGAACCCUGAGUCCAUCUGACACGCCUAUAUUCCUCUCAAACCGAAAACCUGACCGUGAGAAGCCUGACCGUGAGGUGAUGCGGGAGAAGCCGAGAUCUUGGAAAGGCAUUCUGCAUCUCAGCUCUGCCCUCUGUGUGCAGUUGCCACGUCUCACCCCUCGUGUAGUAAUCUGCAGCCACCUGCCAGGGCUUCUCCAACAGACCAGACUGUAUUUCGCCAGAAGGGGCUGUCUUCACACCCACCAAGGAUAAUUUCAGGAGGCAGCCGUCUCAGGGGUACAGACUGCUGACCACAGGCAGAUGCCAAGCUUCCCAAAGCAAUAUCGAGAGCAGCCUCUCCCUGAAGACUCCCAGGCUGAGAGGCUCCCGGGUGACCUAGGACUAAGGACAUUGGCAGACUUCCAGAAGGGGCCCCCCAAAGCCCUAACCUCUUCAGCUAAAGCAUGCGUCUUAGCCGAGCCCCUGCCUCAAGCCUCUGAUGACAGGAAAACAAUUUCUCUUGGUGAUGCACUUCCGAGUGUUCUGCUGAGGAACGAUGGGAAGUCAGCCCAGCAGGGGGAAAGCCCUUCCAAGCCCAAGCCUGAGCCCCUGUGUGCAAGGCCAGGGUCCUGAGCCCAUGCAAGCAGAGAGGAGCAAGGCCAAAGCUGUGGCCUUGGCAAGUUUCCCGGUAGGCGAGCAGGCAGAGCUGUCUCUGAGACUGGGGGAGCCAUUGACCAUCGUCUCUGAGGAUGGAGACUGGUGGACAGUGCUGUCGGACAUCUCAGGCAGAGAGUACAUCUUCCCCAGCAACCACGUGGCCAAAAUCUCCCAUGGGUGGUUAUAUGAGGGCCUGAGCCGGGAGAAAGCUGAGGAACUUCUGCUGCUGCCUGGAAACCCCGGAGGGGCCUUCCUCAUCCGGGAGAGCCAGAGCAGGAGAGUCCCACCCCGGACCCUUUCCUCCUCAGGCUGUUACUCCCUGUCGGUCCGCCUCAGCCGCCCUGCAUCCUGGGACCGGAUCAGACACUACAGGAUCCAACGCCUUGACAAUGGCUGGCUGUACAUCUCACCACGCCUCACCUUUCCCUCACUCCAGGCCCUGGUGGACCAUUACUCUGAGCUGGCGGAUGACAUCUGCUGCCUACUCAAGGAGCCCUGUGCCCUGCGGAGGGCCGGCCCACUCCCUGGCAAGUCCAUACCUCUACCUGUGACUGUGCAGAGGACACCACUCAAUUGGAAAGAGCUGGACAGCUCUCUCCUGUUCUCCGAAGCAUCUGCCACAGGGGAGGAGUCCCCCCUCAGUGAGGGGCUCCGGGAGGCCCUUAGCUCCUACAUCAGGCUGACUGAUGACAUCUCCUUGGACGAUGCCAAGGCCCAAAGCAGAGGCCGAAAGGGGAACCAAGGCUGCAGCACCUAGAACCCCAACUCAGCUCGGCCUGACUGAGCACCCCAGAGGCAAAGGCUGUGCAGAGUGAGGGGAGGGCUGGGACACAGAGGCACAGCCAGAGUCCCACCUCUAUCCUCUGUUCCUUCCUCUCUCAGCCCUAAGAGGUCACCUAACCUCCUCCCAGUGCCAUGACCCGACCUACAGCCUCUAGUUCAAGUAAAGACCAGUUAAGAACAGGGCCAGGACUCCAGAGAGACUAGAUAUCCUCAGUGUGACCCAGCCAGUUCCCGAGUUUGGGAGUCCCAGUACCACCUUCCUCCCUCUGCCUGUCGAGUCUCAUUCUACAUCCCCACAACCACUCCCACAAGGCAGAGAACGCCCACUAGCAUCAAGGAGAAAAAAAAUAAUCAUUUAACGAAAACUGACCAGUCUCACUCAGAAUGGCAGCACACCUCAGAAGGUAGAACUACGGCCUAGAAGGGACAGGAAGGCAGAGGGGAUGGGUGGCUUAAACGGCAGCAGAACCUGGGCUGUCCAGCUUCCACCUGACCGCCACGGUGAAGAGCAGGACCUCUGACAGUCCAGGUCCUCCACGUCCCCAUUAAGCCCCUUCUCUGGACAGUCCUAGCUCUCAGAUCUUUCACUUUGUGGUUCAUCAAUUGAACCUGGCUAAGCUUUCUCGGCUACAACAGCCUUGCCGUCUUGUAGCCAAAUGCAAAAGACACCAUCCGAGCCUAGCACGCUGCAGUGAGCUCAGUCCUGUCCCUCAAUGCCGAGCGGGAGCGUCAGGGCAUUGGAAGGUGGUAAGCCCUCCGUCCACAAAGUCAAGGCCACAGCCUACACCAACUCCAGCCCUUGAUUUCCCUGCUGCACAUUAAGGGAAAGAAGCCUGGAUAGAGCUGUUAAGGGAGCAGGGAGAGGAGGAAAAGGGAAGGGGGAAGAGGGAAGGGGAUGAGAGGGCACCACCUCUAUUGCUCCUAUUGGGUUCUGAGGCUAGAGGUGAGGUGGGAAAGGCUUUACCAGGUAUCACCAACAGGGGCUCAAUUAAAGAUCUGAUUUAUUCAAGUAUCAUCUGAAAACAUUCUACAACAAAAACUGUUGUUAUUAGAUGCUGCUUGUACUGUGCUAUGGACCACGCACAUACUGCCAUACUGUUUUCAGAAGACUUGAAAUGCCAAUGUUUGAUAGUUUAAAAACCGUACACCUGAUGGAAAAGGAAGACAAUUUAAUGUUUCAUCCGGAUCCAGAGGUGCACCAAAUUAAAGGACGGCUCCAAUCGGCAAACAGGUGUUUCACGAUGGUAUCCAAGAAGAAACGGUUGGUGAUGGACAAUUCAGAAGUGCUUCCCCAAAAGGUGGAUGGUUCUUUAAAAAGUUUCAGGUCACAACCCUUGCAGAAAACACUGACGCCCAACACACUGAUUCUCGGUCCAGGAAACACAGGUCUUCCAGGUUCCGCGUGGCUGGGGUGCCCCCCAACAAUCGUGUUUCUGUGGUGUAACUAAGAGGGUCCUUUGGACCGGACAGGGAGCAGGUGGGGACUGUGCACCGUCAGUCAUAGUGGAUGGCAGUGUAAAAGAUGAUCCAAAUGACCUAGAGAGGAAACAAGCAACGUUCAUGGGCUCCCUCACCAACAGGGUCAACAUAGGCUCCCACGCCACAAAACAAAAGCAUCCUAAGAAUGUGCGCACAGUGUACUUCCCGGGGGCUAUCCAAUGCAUAAGCUGCUUGGGGGCUUACAUAAUUUCACUGAAAUCAAGCUUUCUCUAAUAGAGCCCAGGACCACCGUCCUGUGCUCCCAAAGGGACCCUGGACAAGUCUCUCCCCCUGCCAAACAGAGACCAGAGUGCGAGGGCUUAGAGUAAUGGGUGUGGAAAUGAUACAGGUAAAGCAAACUGUACUGCUAGUAAGUGUUAGCAUUAGCAACAAACGUGAAAACAAAACUACAUCAUACCCUGUCAGCUUCAUAUCAAAUAAAGCAGAGGUUCUCAAACCUGACUCGCCUUUGCAAUCUUGUGGGCUCUUUAAAAACAUACAGAGAGAUGCCCGGGCGCCACCUCCCAGAGAUUCUGAUUUCGUUGGUUUGGGCUAGGUUCUAUAAUUUUUAAAAAAUAACUUUGAGAUAUAAUUCAUAUUUCAUGAAGUUUACCCUUUUAAAGUAUAUAAUUCAGAGGUUUUUUAGUAUAUUCAGAGUUGUGAAAACAUUUUGGAGCAUUUGCAUCACCCUGAAGACAGAAUCUAUUCCCAUUAUCAGUUACUUCCCAUUUCCCCUCCUACCCCUGCCACUGGCAACCUUAAUCUACUUUUUAUCCAUAUGGAUUUGCCUAUU